UACGCUAUAUCAACCCUGUGCGUUUGGAGUAACGGCUUCUAAAAACCUGAUAUUCGUAAAUAGAAAAAUGUCAAAAAUAUUUGGUGUGAUUUGUUACAAAAAAUAAAAAAAAUGAGUGUUAUUCGUUGUGUUGAAGAACGUGAUACGUCAUCAUUGCGUGCCAUAUUGGCACAACAACGACAUAAUCCAAAGAAAUUUGAUUUGGAGGAGACCGAUAAGUAUGGCAAUACGCCACUCCUCAGGGCAUGCUACUUGGCCAAAGUGGAGCAUGCCGACUUAUUGAUACGACAUGGUGCCAGUUUGAAAGCAAUUAAUUAUUUGGGCCAAAAUGCCUUAACGCUCGCAACCUACGCCGGCAGUUUGGAUGUUGUGCGUUUGCUAUUGAGAUAUCGCUCCUAUACAGAUUUUAAUAAAUCGUCGAUAGUGCCAGCGUUAUGUGUAGCUUGUUUACGUCAAAAUCAGACAUUAAUAAAUUUCUUCAAACGCUUCCCAGCUACUGCAGAGGAAGUGAAGACGGCUCAUGGCCUUUCACCAGCGCAAAUAAGACAAUGGGCAGAGAUAUAUAAUAAGUCACGCUCAGCGCAGGGCGGUCCUUCUUCAUCUGCAGCUUAUAGAAUGCGAUAAUUUUUUGUGUUUUAUUUUUUUAUUCUUUACUGUUUUAAAUAGUGUUUCAGCUGUUCUGUAUUUGAUACGUUUGUUGUUUGUUUUAAUUUUGUUUUUGUUUUUUUUUUAUGAUGAGAACUCUUACUUAUAUUUUCAUAAAAAAAAAAUAAAUUUCAAGUAACUAACAUAAAUUUUAAA